CCGCGGGCGCCCAGGCGGCGUGUGUCCGUCCCGAGGCCCCGGGUCCCGGAGCGCGCCCUCAGGUAAAUUUUUCCAUAACCUUAUGGAGAGAAAGGACUUUGAGACAUGGCUUGAUAACAUUUCUGUUACAUUUCUUUCUCUGACGGACUUGCAGAAAAAUGAAAGUCUGGAUCACCUGAUUAGUCUGAGUGGAGCAAUCCAGCUCAGGCAUCUCUCCAAUAACCUAGAGACUCUGCUCAAGCGAGACUUCCUCAAACUUCUUCCCCUGGAACUCAGUUUUUAUUUGUUAAAAUGGCUCGAUCCUCAGACCUUACUCACAUGUUGCCUCGUCUCUAAGCAGUGGAAUAAGGUUAUAAGUGCCUGUACAGAGGUAUGGCAGACCGCCUGCAGAAACUUGGGCUGGCAGAUAGAUGAUUCCGUUCAGGAUGCUUUGCAUUGGAAGAAAGUUUAUUUGAAGGCAAUUUUGAGAAUGAAGCAAUUGAAGGACCAUGAAGCCUUUGAGACCUCAUCAUUAAUUGGACACAGUGCCAGAGUAUAUGCACUUUACUAUAAGGAUGGACUUCUCUGUACAGGGUCAGAUGACUUGUCUGCAAAACUCUGGGAUGUGAGCACAGGACAGUGCAUAUAUGGCAUCCAGACCCACACUUGUGCUGCUGUGAAGUUUGAUGAACAGAAGCUUGUGACAGGAUCCUUUGAUAACACAGUAGCCUGUUGGGAAUGGAGUUCAGGAGCCCGAACCCAGCACUUCCGAGGACACACAGGUGCAGUGUUCAGCGUGGACUACAAUGAUGAGCUUGAUCUCUUGGUGAGUGGUUCUGCUGACUUCACUGUGAAAGUAUGGGCCUUAUCAACGGGGACGUGCCUGAACACACUCACAGGACAUACUGAGUGGGUAACCAAGGUGGUUUUACAGAAGUGCAAGGUCAAGUCUCUGUUGCACAGCCCUGGAGAUCACAUUCUCCUCAGUGCCGACAAGUAUGAAAUCAAGAUUUGGCCGAUUGGAAGAGAAAUCAACUGCAAAUGCUUAAAAACAUUGUCUGUAUCUGAGGAUCGAAGUAUCUGUUUGCAGCCCAGACUCCAUUUUGAUGGCAAAUAUAUUGUAUGUAGUUCGGCCCUAGGACUUUAUCAGUGGGACUUUGCCAGCUAUGAUAUUCUCAGGGUUAUCAAGACUCCAGAGUUAGCCAAUUUGGCAUUACUUGGCUUUGGAGAUAUCUUUGCCCUGUUAUUUGACAACCGCUAUCUCUACAUCAUGGACUUAAGGACAGAGAACCUGAUCAGCCGCUGGCCUCUGCCUGAGUACAGGAAGUCAAAAAGGGGCUCAAGUUUCUUGGCAGGUGAAAUGUCAUGGCUGAAUGGACUAGAUGGGCAGAAUGACAUGGGUUUGGUUUUUGCCACCAGUAUGCCUGACCACAGUAUUCACUUGGUGUUAUGGAAGGAACAUGGUUGAAGAUAUGGACAACAGCUAAAAAAAAAUGACUUUGGGUGCUGAGGCCGCUGCUUCUGAUGCAGCCUCUGUGGGAGCUGAUUUUGCAUGAACCAAAGUUCACACCUAAUGGUAUCGUCAUGCAGUGCACAAUCAUUUAUUUUCCUGGGUGGGGAAUGAUGGGGGGGUGGGGAGAAAGGUGGGGGGAAAGGGAUUAUUUUAUUGACAUAAUGCAACGCAGCAUGCUAACAAUCUACACCAUUGAAACUCAUUUGUACUUAGUUAUGCUUGUCAUUAUAAAAGAACAAAUUUUGGGCCUAUCUUUCUUGACUGGACUAUUGGUUUAAAGCAAAGUAAGUUAAAUGGUUUACAAAUCUGCUAAUAAUUGAAUAUGAAAUCCCAGUGAGUGAUUAAAGAUUUUUUGCCCUGGUCUUUUUUUUUUUUUAAUUUGAGGUAGAAGCAGAGGUGUUUUAGAAUUCCUAAAUCACUAAAGGAAAGAACCUUCCUGAAAAUCUAGUAUAGACACAGAAAGGGAAAAGGAUGUUCUCCAUGUUAUUCCCAAAAGCUUCUCUUGCAUGGAGCUUGCAUUUUCUAGGACCCAUAGUUACAGAGACCACUGAUACCUGUGAUUUUCAUGAAGUCUCCAGAUAUUAUCAGUCCAUAUGAUAAUUUGUCAUCUUUUAUUAAAAUUAACUCAUGAAAAGUGAAUAAGCUGUUUUAACAUAUAGGAAGCAUUUAGGAAACAUUGGGAGAAAAGAGAAGAAAAACAAACUGACCGUUAUUUUUGGUUGGUUCCAGUUUUUAAAAUCUAACCCCUCACUCAUUCUGUUAUUUUAACAAGCAUAGCACUGUGUGCACUACGUUAUACUAAGGGCUGGGAAGGAUAGAAAGACAUGUAAGGCAUGGUUCCUGCCAUCAUAGAACCUAAGGUCUAGUAGUUUUAGGUAAGAUACAUACACAGAUAAAGAUAACUUAGAAUGUGGUAAGUACAUAAAAAGGAGUACAAAGUCUUGUGAAAUCAUAUGCGGGAGAGAUUGCUUCCAGCUAAGUGACUAGAGAGAGCUUCUUUGAGGUAGUAUUUAAACUGAUAAAACAUGAUUUAAGGUUGAUUUUGGACAGGAAAGAAAACAGUGUUGGGACCUAACUAAUAUCCUUGGUUUUGAGCUAAUCAUAAUUUUAGCUCUAACUUUUUCUUCUUCCUAUUGACCAUGUGAGAAAGCAUGUCCAUUUUGCAGUUUGGAAAAUUGUAAAUGCCACUGCCCUCAAACAUCUUCAUUCUAGUAGGAGGACUAAGGGGUAUGAAAUUAGAAUGCAGAUUAGGAUAUGAGAUGUUCAUGAGAAACAUGAAAUAAAUGCCCUUAGAGUUCACAAGAAGUAAGGUUUAGGCCGGGGCGGUUCAAGUUGUCACUCAUAGGAAAGGGGUGGUGUUUGAUCCAAGUCUUGAAGAUAGGUAGGAUUUUAACUGGUGGGGACUUGGGUGGGGUGCAAGAUGUGUUUAGUAAAUGGAGAAGGACGGGAAGCGAACACACUUAUCAGGCACCUCCUGUAUGCCAGGCACUGUGAUAAGCAUUUGACAAAUAUUUUUUCAUUUGAUUAUAUUUACAAAUAUUUAUUACAAAUAUUUACAAAUAUCAUUUGAUUGAAUGGGAUCUGUUUGAAUGGAGCAUAGGGCACUUGAAAGACAGUAGAGUGAGACAUAUUUGAAAAGAUAAUUUGAAGUCAAAUUGUGUAUUAUCUUUAAUGCCAAGUUAUAGAGGUUGAACUUAAGUGGAUAGGAUGAUAGAAAUUACUAAAGGGUUUUAAAAAAUUUUUUUUGUAAGAAAAUAAACAGAACUGUGAGUUAGGGUUACUCUGGGCUUCAGUGCAGAGGAGGGGAGACUAAUCAGGACCCUAUUCUAAUUGUCCAGAUAAUAGGUAAUGAGGACCUUGCUUAGAGUGGUGACAGUGGGAGCGUAGAGAAAGGAAUGUGUAGGAUCUCACAUGGGAAGAUGCAUUCUGGGCUUUUCCUACCAGAGUGCCAUAUUUGUAUGGUAGAGGCAACAGCCAUGUUUAUUGAGUAGGGGAGUUGCAUGGUCAGGCCUGCACUUAAAGGACUUUGGUAACUUGUAAGUAAUAAAGUUGGAUAAAACAA